UCCUCCGCCCUCGCCGCGCGGCGCGUGUCACGCCACGCCGCGCCACGCCGCCAUGGCGAUCGACCACGACUCCCCCUUCAAGGAGCUCCGCCCCAAGGCCCGCCGCCGCCGCAGCAGCAGCAUGGGCGAUGCCGGCCCUGAACCGGAGGAGGAGGAGGUUGGGGAGGACGAGAAGUCUGCGGAGGAGGAGGUUGAGGAGGACGAGGAGUCUGGGGAGGUGGGGGAGGAGCAGGAGCAGGCGGUGUCCGCGGACGGCGGCGAGCGGUGGCCUCAAUGGCUGCGCCCAAUGAUGUCGGCGCGGUUCUACACGACGUGCAAGACGCACCCAGACUCGCGCCGGGGCGGCGUGCGCACCGUGUUCUGCCUCGACUGCGCGGCCUCCGGCGCCGGCGUCGGCGCGCUCUGCUCGCUGUGCGCUGACCACGACCACCGCGGCCACCGCGUCAUCCGGGUCCGCCGCUCCACCUACAGCAGCGUGCUCCUCGUGUCGGACGUCCGGGGGCUCCUGGACGUGGACGGCGUGCAGACCUACGUCAUCAACGGCGCGCGCGUCGUCUUCCUCAGGGAGCGCGGCCCGCAGCACAAGCACGGCCGCAACCCCAGGACCUUCGUCAACCACUGCGGCUGCCGCCGCGGCCUCAGCGACGCCUUCCGCUUCUGCUCGCUCGGCUGCAAGUUCCCCGGCUGCCGCCACGACCGCAACGCCUGCUCCCAAUCCUCCCCACCGCGCAAUGCCGCCGAUGAGACAUCCACGCCGCCGCCGCCGCCGCCCGCACACCGGCGCAAGGGCAUCCCGCACCGGGCACCGUUCGGCAACCUCAUCGCCUGACUCCAGCCAGGGUUGCAGUGAGGUUUUGACAGGGAGAAGAGAUUACUGAGUUAUGAGUAACCUUUGCCAUCGUUAUGCAGAUGAUCCUGCUGUGCCAACUUCUAAGUCUUCAACUUCUGGUAAUGUUCCUGACCUUUUUGGUGAUGUCCUGAGAGAAUUUUUGAUGACACGAGAAACUAGGCUAAUAGUAUGACCAGCCAGGUAACAGUGGAGUGGUUUUGUGGUGGUUUUUGUGUCCUGAUCUGAUUGCUGCUAGUUGCAGUUGAUCUGUGUGUGUGUAAAUAUGGUUGCAGGCUGCAAGAUGGGAGGAUUAGGGAUGGGAGCAUGCUUGCUAAGUCGAAUUCAGCUAUAUGCUUCCUGCUUGUGCUUCUUGCUUAAUUCACUAUGCUUUGAGGCAUCUUCAAAUUCCUUGAUAUGGAUGCUGUCUUUAUCGUGCAAAUGCCCAGAUGCUGUUGAUUGACGUUUUACGUUGCAAUUUUGCCUAGUGUGCUGCUGAUCUGAAAUUUGAAUCAUUUCGCUCUGAUUUGUACUGCUGAUCAUGCUUUGAUCUAGUUCUUGUUUGAAUCAUGGGUCAAGUUAAAUGAAAUCGAGAUACUUUGAUAUGAA